AUGUUGAAUAAUUUAAGCACCUUGUCCAGCUUUCUACUUCUGGUUGACAGUACUGCCGCCGAGUGUAACAACACUUAUAAUUGCUCGGGGCAUGGCGCCUGUGUGGACGGUGAAUGUAUAUGCGAGGUCCAGUACGCUGGUGAUAACUGUACCAAUACCAACUUAUCAUAUUACAUCGCUUUCGGCCUUAUAUUCUUCUUGUUAUGCGCAGUGAGCUUUACACAGUUGGUAUUAUGCAUCAAAUCGUCUUUCUCGAAAAUGGAUAAGCCCAGUCUAUCCAAGGCUUGUAGAGUUACCACACAAAAGCUGCUCUACGCAUUAGUCUUUUUUGCCACAUUUUCAAGAGGACUUUAUUUUGCGCUACAGGAACAUAUUGAUGAAUAUUGGGCGAAUGGUUUACAGGCAGCUUACUAUCCCAUACUAAUUACUGGGUUCUCUCUCAUUAUAUGUUUCUGGGCUGAGGCGUUUCAUCUGGAGAGAGUUGAAGGCACUCCAAGUUUUCUCAGCAAAUCGUUCACGUCCUUCAUCAUUUUCAACGUGUUUGUGUAUUUACUGCUGGGACUGCAGUUCAUCUUGGUGUACUUUAGCGACAGCAGAGACUAUUUAGCUAGGAUAUUUAUCACGUGCUACGCCGUAUUGAUGCUGUUUAAUGUGAUACUUUUCCUCGCUUACGGGGUGGAAGUUUUUUUCAAGGUACAUGGAGCAUUCACUACUGCUAGUUCAUCAUUCAACAUCACUCAGCUUCACCAAUCUCGCGUUGGAUUAGUCUCGCAGGCCUUAUUACAAAUCAUUGCAGUCUUGUUUUUAUUACUACAUGUUACCAGUCAUAUAUGGAAAGAAAAUGUCGACAUCAUGAGUUGGAAUGUGUAUAAUAUUGUGUUUCGUACUGUUGAGAUUGGAUUAGUCCUCUGGUUUCCGUGUGUGCUCUGGAAUUGGGAAAGUCCAGAGAAAUUAUGGAUUCUAAAUCCAAGAAGUUGGUUGAAAGGAGGAUUUCUGAUGAAAAUCCGACCACAUCCAUCAUAUGAAACAACAGCUGAUACAGUGCCAGGCGCAUACGACUGCUGGAUCUGUUAUGAUCCUGAGAGGACUGAUGCGGGCGCUCUCAUCCAGCCGUGUAACUGUAAAGGAGAUGUAGCCACAGUGCACCAUGACUGUUUACAAAAAUGGCUGAUGGAGACAUCUAUCAACAAUCCUGAGAAUAUUUUCUGUAAAGUUUGUAAAGAAGAGUACCAAAUCAGGCAAGGCCAUUUCACAGUGAUCAAAGGGUGCCGGGGUAAACAUAUGUUGUUAACUGGUAGUAUUGUCUUCGUUAUGAUCGCCACACCUAUCGCCGCGUAUUGUCUGUGCUUAAGGUUUCCAGACACAGUUAUACAGAUUGUUAGUGUUGGAGUGUGUCUAUUGGUGGAAUACAUUUCACUCAAAUUACUGGGCUUUGGUUUCAUGAAUGCCUACCAACGUGCCUAAACUGUCCACCAUAAAGAUCAUUAGCAAGAGGGCGAACAACGAGGCAACUGACGUAUCCCAUGAUGCAGCGCGAGUGGGAAUCUCCAUCAUC